CGGCAGCGGGCGAGCGGUCCGUUACGCGCGGCGGACAGCGGGAGGGCGUCUCUCUUCGGGCGGGGGCGGCCCCGUGCGGCUCCGCGCCUUCCCUCGAGCCGGGUGCCGGCUGUGAGGAGCGGGAGCCGCCCGGGCUUGGCCCGGUGGUGCUGCCCUCAGCCUCCCGCGGAGAGGAGGGAGCGUUAGGCGGGCUGUCCCGCGCUGCCUCCCGGGUUGAGCCUCGCUCCGCCCUGAGGCCUGCCUUCGCCUCCCGUCAGAAGGGGGCUCGGCGGGCAAGCGAGGGAGCUGCGGGUGGCGGCCUCUGCGCCGCUGGCUCCUGUCGCUGGUUUCGCUGUCCCGGGUGGUCGCGGUCGUUUUCUGGAGCUGCGGUUCGGCGUAUCAAACACUCUGGUACCAAGAGCUCCCUCCCCAAGAGGAUGCCUGCCUUAAGGUAGUUUACUUACGGCCGUGAAACGGCGUGUGCUGCUCUCGGAGUCCCUUCAGACGGUAAUACCAUAAUACCACAUGCCACUGAAACAACCAGAGAAGUUGGUAACCUCAAAGAGCAUACUUCCUCCAACAUCCCAGAUCCCGGGUCUCGGUGACCGUGCUCCCCAUGAGGCUGUGUCUGGGUGCCGUAGGAAGUGGAUCAAAGAGACCGAUUCAGCUUAUGUCAGGCUGGCAAAGCAAGGAGGCCGACCUGACCUACUGAAUCAUUACACUCCUGUGACAAUGAAGACUUCUCCAGCAGCAUAUGCUGCACCUGACUGGUACACUCACUGCUCCAAUCCCCCAGCGACCAAUGAGCCACGGAGCUACGUUUCCUCUCUACCAGAUUAUAUGAUUCACAGAGAGUUUAAGGCUGAUGACCAUCAUGGUAAUAGUUAUGAGACAAGAAGAGGGCCUUUUGAUUUUGAUAUGAAAAGCGUUUGGCAGCGGGAUGCUGAGGAAAAAGAAAACACAGAGAAAAAGAAGGUAAAGCUCCCAGCUAUAAACCCUAAAUAUCCAAGCAGAACGCCGAAUGUUUCUACAAACAAGGAAUUUAGUGGGAAAAAUAAGCUUUCUUUCCCACCUAUGCCUCCUCAGAGAAAAAAUGAAGCAGUAAACUUUAGCAAAUUAAUUAGCAAUGGUUAUGGGACUGACUGGUUUCAGCAGCGUACUGGAUGGGAAAAAAAGAUUGAAGAAACACCAGAAAAUAGUGAGCAGUCCAAAGAAUCUCUUCCUCCAGAUUCAGAGCCAUCACAGUCUGAAUCAGCACCUAUAAGCAAUGAGUCAAAGCCACAAUUUCAAGGACGUAAUAAGUAACUUAGACUAUUGGGGAAAGUAGUGAUAUGGCUUAUAUAGUCUACUAUUUACAGGUUUGUUAGAUUACUUUUUAUAGUUGAACUCAUCCUUGAUUGAGAGGUUAAUUUGGUUUAUAACAUGGGUGAACUUCAUUGUGCUUGAUUACAGCAAGUUUAAAAGAACAGACAACAGCUGUCAGUGCGUAUUCCAAGACCUUUUCUUAAUAUAAUAAAUAAAAUAAAGCAAAACUGAAGUUCUGUCCUACACCAGACUAGUGCUCCUUUGCUAUUGUCAAGUAGGGUUAGACACAAGCGUGAUACUGAUGUGUUUAAACCAGCAAGUUUCUUUAUUUAACUACAGUUAUACUCAUCACUAUGCUAUAGAGAAAGGUGAAGGGGAACUGUAUGGUAUGGGAUGAAAAGUAGAUAGGAAGAAUUGAACUGGUAUGGAUAUUUGCAGUAAAAAACCCAAACCUUCACUGGGAGAAUGGCUUCUUAGUCCCAAAAGCGCAUUCAAUUACAGCAGAUAUUCACCUUUCUAGGACAAUUCUGUUGUUACACCACAUAAUGAAAUUAAGAUCUGGUGGCAUUUCUACUUAUAGUCUUGUUAUAUAGAAGACGAACCAUUGGGUAACAUUGCUGUGGAUUAGGCUAUAUAUGAUGUUGGCACUUGCGGCUGUUAAAAAUUUUAUUCUGAAGUUUUGACUGAAACAAAAAUAUUAUAUACUAGAUCUCCGUGUUUGUUUACACCAGCAAAAAAGUUUGUACUUUGAAAUAGCAAUGUAUAUAAAUUAUUUUAAUAUUUUGAAAAAGUUAGACACACUGGUAUUUAAACACUUGCUUUUUUAUGUACUUGAAUUAGGAUAUAUCCCUGGUCUUAUGCAUAAUUAAAUAUUUAUAUAGCCCAUAUAUAUGAAGUCCAUUAGAAAGUGGAUGCAACUUCAAUAAGAUAUUUUUGAUAAUGCUAUGAAAAAAGAAGUUUUUAAUAAGUAAAAUGUAAUUUUUAGUUUCUUUUUCCGAGUACACCCUGUAUUCUACACCUUUGAAUCCAAGAGCUUAAGAUUUUAAAAUGUGUUACUGAUUACACCUUUCUUUGAACAGAAUGUUUAGAGGGUUUGGCUUAAUAGUGCUUUUCUUUAGAACUUCGAUAUGAAAAUUGAUUGGAAAUAAGUAAAGUUGUUGCUAAUCUAAACCCUUGAAAUUUUCAGUGAAAGUUUUGCUAUUAAUGUUGUUGUUGGACCCAGCAUUUGAGUCAAUCUUCGCUGUUCAUUCUAACUGACAGUUCAAUGAUCUAAGUUGUGUUUGUAGAAAAUAAAAGGCUAAACCAUA